AUGGCAGGGAUUCCGUUGCAAAAAAGUUACAAUUUCGCAGUCGUAGAAGCAAGGAGAUAUGAGAAUAUGAUGUGCGUGGAAAAAGACUGUCGAAACUAUGUUGAACAAGCGAGGUGGUUAAGACUUGAAGAAGAGGAUGCCACAGCAGUACAAGCCUAUUUUUCGAACAUGCAAGCAAAGUGUUCAGACAACAGGAGUAGGGAAGCAUAUAAGGAGUUCGAUGAUGUGGUAAUAUUUAAUACCACGUACCUGACUAAUAAGUAUGAUAUGUCAUUUGUUCUUUUUGUUGGAGUUAAUCAUCAUGGACAGUCAAUACUCUUUGGCUGUGGGUUGGUGUCAAAUGAGAAUACAGAAACAUUUGUUUGGCUUUUUAAGAAAUGGCUUCAGUGUAUGAAUGACCAAGCUCCUAUUGGGAUUAUUAUCGAUCAAGACAAGGUUAUGCAGAAUACAAUUGAGAUCGUAUUCCAGAAGAUGAAACACAGAUGGCGUUUAUGGCACAUAAUGAAGAAGUUGCCCGAGAAGUUUGGAUAUCACGUUGAUAAGGGCGAGAUCUUUUCUGCUAUACAUGUACUAGUAUAUGAUUCUCAGACUGUUGACCAAUUUGAAGAAAAUUGGAAAGCAAUGGUUGACAGAUAUUCCUUGCAUGAUAAUGAGUGGUUGUCGAGAAUGUUUGCGAAUAGAGGUCGUUGGGUACCUUGCUUUUUAAAAAGCAGCUUUUGGGUGAGAAUGUCAACAACUCAGCGUAGUGAGAGUAUGAAUGCAUUUUUCGAUGGUUAUGUGCACUCGAAGACAUCACUGAAACAAUUAGUCAAACAAUACGAAAGAGCAUUAAGGAAAAAGGUGGACAAUGAGUUUCAAGCAGAUUUUAAAUCAUACUCGCAAAUGGUAACAUGUGCAACAAAGUACGAGUUGGAAAAGCAGUUUCAAAGAGUUUAUACCAUUUCAAAAUUUCGAGAAGUUCAAGAUGAAUUCAUUGGAAAUGUUUAUUGCGACCUCGUAUCUUCGUCGGAGGGCUUUUUGGGGACAACCUAUAAGUUUCGAGGUAUAAUUUGUAGGCACGCAAUCGCUGUACUUAUCCGUAAUAAUGUCACUGCAUUGCCAGACAGCUAUAUAUUAUGGAGAUGGAAGAGAGAUGUCAGUAGAGCCCACACCAAGGUCGUAGUGGAUUAUGAUGGUUUGAGUAGCACCCCUGCCCAAUUGAGAUAUGACAAAAUGUGUCAAUCAUUUGCUUCACUAGCGGAAAUGGCUAUAUGGAACGAUGAUCAAACUCAUGAUGCCAAGGGAAGGGGACAGAAGGUGGGCCCAAGUAAAUUGGGAGAGGUUGCGUCGAUCAUACAUGCUCAUGACCAGUUUGGAAAAAUAGUCUUCUCAAAUACUGAAGAACAUACUCUAGUUGUACUAACUCCCCAUACCAACAUCCUUAGCAUAUAUUACAAUCACCCAAAUGAGCACCAACUACACAUAACCUAUUGUACUACACAACAAAACACAUACUACACAAAAAAUUUUAAAAAAAAAAUUAAUUUCGCCGACGGCGGCAGGGCUGCCUGCGCUGCGGUGCUGCAGUGGGCAGCGCCGCUGCAACAGCAGCGCGCAGUAGGCGCUGCUGCCCACACAGAAGCACUGCUGCCAACAGCGCGCGGCGCAGGAGUGUGCCGCAGCAAGAAGAAUUAA